CCUGAAAGCCUCACCUGUUGAGGCCACUUAAUAAUCAGGUAAUUGCUGCUUCAGGCCCGUUUAUCUCCUCGUGCGCUUGGUCUCAGGCUGUAUUACAGAAGAAUAACAGCGCACAGAAAUCUAAUACCGCCGGGUUCCUGCGGAUUAGACCUCGCCAUCACGAGCCGAACUGUCUGCAGCCAUGAAUCCUGAAAGCAGCAGACACGAAACUAAUUCUCCAGAGCACUACAUGCCCCAAUCGUCAUCAUCAUCGUCAGCAGCAGCAGGAGAUGGUCGAGGUGGUGGGCCUUUGUAUAUGGAUGCGUAUGAGGUCUCUUUUCCCCUKGAAGACCACUCGGAGCGCCCACCUGACUAUCUCCUGAACCACGGCCAGCAGAUGGUGGAAGAUCAAGUGGUGCAGGAGCCUCCUCAUCCUCAGUACAGCCCCUUCAUCCUGGUUUCGAACCUGCGGACUCACCUGUAUGUUUCCCUGGAGAAGAACGCCUGGCUGCAGAAGCGCAUCGAGGAACUGGAGGAGGAGAGGAACUUCCUGCGCUGCCAGCUGGACCGCUUCGUCGUCAGCAUGAGGAAUCCAGAUGUGGGUGAGUUUUGCGGAGACGCCCAGCGUGGUGUGAAGAUCCAGCCUGCCGGCUCUCCGUCCCCUCCUUCCCCMAUGACCACCAGGUCCGGGAUGACCCUCAAACGCAUCCAGGGCUCAGGACCCCGGUCUCGCCGUAACAUCGCGGUCCCAGUCAAGCAGGAGUUUCACGUUGAAGAGGGCAAAUACUACACCGAGGAUGAGUACGUGGAGGAGGAGGAGGAGGAGGAAGGAGAGGAGGAGGAGGAGGAGAACGAUGAUGACUCUUCUGUGGACAAGGUGUUAAAGAAGAAGGGCAAGGGGCGAGCAGGCGGAGAGCCCAGGGUGAAGAUGAGGAGGAUCUUCAGGAUCACACAUGGCAGAGAGAGACAGAGAGUGAAAGACCCAGACGGAGUUUUGAUUCGGUAUAAGAAGAUCCUGUCCACCUACCAGCGGGUGAGGAGCAUGUCCCGAGCCUUCCAGAUCCACGGCGUGGACCGCAACACCAUGGCCUCCACCUCGCCCAUCGCAGAGCUGCUGCUGGUCGCCCCGGAGAAGAUGACAGAAGUGGGAGAGUUCGAGGCGUCGAAGGAGAAGCUUCUGGAUUACGCCCGGCGCUGCUACAAGACCAUGGACGACGAGACGCACGCCAAGGUCCAGGGCAUGAAGAAGACCCACAAGCUGCUCCCAAUCUCCUACAGGUUCAGGAACUGAGGAAGAUUAUUAUUUUUUUUAUGUCGUGCAGUGAAAGUGUGAGCUCUGCUCUGUUUAAGUUAUAGUUUAGAUCAGAUCCAUGUUUUUUGCUGAUUAAUUAGCUGAAGUUGUUUAUUAUCUGACUGUUAUCGUCCCUGGAUCUGAGUUUUUAUUUAAAAAAGGUUGAAGUUUGAUUUGUUGUGUCRGGUAAAAGGGCUUGCCACUUCGUUUAUUUGUUUAACUAAAUUUGUGGAUAUCAACAAGAUUGUUUUUUCUUUGUAUCCACAGUCAUUUGCACAUUAAAAAAAWAAUCUUGACUUUGCACAUGUUAAAAAGUCCAUUUUUACAUUUUGAUUGCAAUAACAGAAAAUGUAAAUUGUCAUGCCGUGUAAGAAGAUAACUUAUGUAAAAUCUGUUAUUGUUUCAGAAAAUAAAAUCUGAUUUGUGA